UAGCACUGUUUGAAAAUUUACUCAGACUACACUCCCGAGGCCGCACUGUUCCCCAUUACGGGCUGCUGAGGAGCAAGAGCCCGUGCCAGCAUAAGGCUGGCUUAAACUAUCAUCAUCAACCAUUGCCACACACACCAGGCUUACGGUCAAACCCAUUCACAGGUCAACGAGAUGCCAGGUUCAGGAGAGACGCCGGAUUCCCUCACGAGAAAUGAUGAGGAUAAAGAGGGAGACCUUAGCGAACUGGAGGAAAAUCGUGUCAGCAUCGCCAUGAUUCCCGAGCCAGAGAUAGCAGAAUCUGGGAAAGAAGAAGAAGACGGGGAGAAAGGCGAGGAGAAGAAGAAACGAGAGUUGUGGAGCACGAAAUGGGAUUACUUAUUCUCUCUUAUCGGGUUAACCAUAGGCCUAGGCAACGUCUGGAGGUUUCCUUUCGUCUGCUACAAGAACGGUGGAGGCGCUUUCCUUAUACCUUACCUUUCCAUGUUGGUGAUGGUGGGGAUUCCUGUCUAUAUGUUGGAGACAGCAACUGGACAGUUCUCCUCGAGCGGAUGCCUGACAAUCUACUCCGUGUGUCCGAUAUUCAAAGGAGUUGGUUAUUCGUGCUCCAUACUGAACUACAUCUUCAUGAUGAUGUACAGCAUCGUGAUCACGUACCCGAUUCUGUUCAUGUGGCACUCUCUCUCCGCAGAAGUCCCGUGGACUCACUGUAACAACACGUGGAACACAGCCAAUUGCACUUUGGCAUCUUCCAGGAAUUUCUCUGAUGAAGGGGAAGGAGCCACGGGCCUCCUUUCGCCAGCUGACGAAUUUUUCCAUCGCAAGAUUCUGGAAAUGUCAGAGAGCGUGACCGUCCUCGGCGGGUUCCAGUGGCCUCUGGUGAUGGCCGCGACAUUGUUCUGGACCAUGACUUUCCUCUGUGUUUUCAAAGGCAUCAAAGUUCUCGGAAAGCUGAUGUGGUUCACGGCAAUCUUUCCCUACGUCAUCUUGGUUGUCCUUCUGAUCAGAGGCGUGACGCUUCCAGGGGCCUGGAAUGGUAUCUACUAUUAUCUCAGUCCAGAUAUGAGCAAGCUUUUGGAACUGAAGGUCUGGGCGGCUGCUGCAGCUCAGAUCUUCUACUCGCUAGGCCCAGGCUGCGGCGUCCUGAUAACCCUGGGCUCAUACAACAAGUUCAGCAAUAAGUGCAUAAAAGACGCCAUCAACAUACCGAUCCUGAACUGCCUGACUUCCAUCUUCUCUGGAUUUGUCGUCUUUGCUGUUUUGGGAUUCAUGGCCCACAGAGCUGGCACCACCGUUGAUAAAGUCACGGCUGCAGGUCCGUCGUUAGCCUUUAUCAUUUACCCUGAAGCGCUGUCACUGAUGCCGGCUGCCCCAGUCUGGUCUUUCCUCUUUUUCCUCACUCUGUUCUUCGUAGGGUCCGAUUCCAUCUUUGUCCACGUGGAAACGGCCGUUCUGGUGAUCACUGACGAGUUACCCCAAUAUCGGUCUAAGCGAGGUCUGAUCACCGCUUGCGUUUGCUUCGUUUCUCUUGCUGGUGCUCUCCUCUUCUGUACAAGGGGCGGCAUCUACUGGCUGACUCUUGUAGACCAAUUCUGUGCUUCGUACACAAUCAUUCUGAACUGUUUGUGCGAACUGAUCGUUUUUGGCAUAAUUUACGGCGCUGGACGGACAGUGCGUGAUCUGCAGAUGAUGACGAAGACCAGCAUAAGUUACAUCUGGUACUUCGCCUGGCUGGUGAUCUCUCCGUUAGUUCUGAUUGUCAUUAGUACGGAUCUCUUCUUCGGGAACGUGCAAGCCAGCUACAGGAGCGAGGUCUUUCCUACAUGGGUGCAAGUGAUCGGCUGGUUCACUGCAAUCGUCUCGAUGCAGGCGAUUCCCUCGUACGUGAUCUACUACCUGAGCCGAGCUUCGGGUGGAGGGAGUUUGAGAAAGAAGUUCCAGAAAGGGGUUCAGCCAGCUUCAAAUUGGGGACCUGCGGAAGAGGAAGACAAAGCUGCCUGGAGGCAGCAUUGCUCGGAAAAUCCGCUCAGAAGUAGAAUCCGACAUCCUGGUGUUCUGAAGGACAAUAAUUAGUAUAUUUUCUCUUUUCAAUAUUUAAAAUCAAGCCCAGGAAGACUAAUGCUGUUCUGAUACCGUUGUCAAAUGUAACAGCUGAGCUAUCGAUGGCUGAGCUCAUUCCAGACUCAGCUGUUGUUGAAGAUUAAGCUGGCUUUAUGCCAGCACGGGCUCUUGCUCAUAGAGCAGCCCUACCGUAAGGACUCAGCUAAAAAGAAAUUUUAUAUAUUUAAAAAUUCUGUUAUGGUAAACCUCUUUCCAUGUCCUUUUUGCUGUCAUACAGGUAACUUUUAUUUUGAAUGAUAAAUAUAUGCUAACAA